GCUUCCUUCACCUUGGCCUUGACCUGGGGCCUGAGAUUAAGGCCAGAGACAAUGGGUCACUUAUAACUUACACUCCCCCCGCACGCCCCCUUUUGGGCCUGGCAAUGAAUUUAAAAAAAAUCGCGGCCCAACGCUAUCCUGUGCUUGCUGCUGGGCACCAUGUUUCAUACGCUAAUAAUAAGAGCAGCCUUGCCCUUGUCAUUGCGAGUUUCCCUGUCGGCAUGUGGUAGGUACACAACCGAGUCCAGGUUUAAAAUUAUCUAGGACUGUCUGUUGUGUUUAUCUCAGAAUACGGAUAAUAAACAUGGUGUUGGUCUUGGUUUUGACAGAGCAACAGAGGAGGAAGAUUAUUGCGAUGGACAUUUUUGGGCAUCAACAGUUUGUCUGUGGUCUGAAGGUCUGAAAAGUCUGGAGUAUGUAUGUCUUGGUCGGUGUGUUUUGCUCUUCAGCUAUUGUUUCAAAGAGCAUCAGAAUUGCAUCCUUUUCUCAAUGGCUUCUGACGAAUGCAUGGAUGGAUAUGGAUAUGUAUGUCCAACAUCAAGACGCACACGCCCUCACGGCGUAUAAUGUCGUCGGCCUUGUUGUUGGCGGCCAUUGAGGUGGACUUCCAAUCCCCAAUGCCAUCCUUGUUCCAUGCAAUCCUCGAUCACCCUUGUCAAACAUGAAUAUUUUGCCUUUUUUCUUACUUCAAGGAUAAAUUUUCAUCGCGAGAUGCCUUCCUUUAUUGAUGGAGUCUACGACAGCCUUGCUCUCUGUCUAACAGCUUUGCCGCACUUUGAAAUGACUGAUCCGUCCCAUCGCUCGAUAUCCGGCCCUGUCGAUUGUUAUUGCCAUUCUUGACCGAUACUGUCCUCAAUGGCCCUCCGAGUGGAUGAGCCGGUGACUCAUAGCUAUCCCUUCCCUUGAUGCUGGCGCUGACAGUGUCUGCAGCUCGAUGCAUAUACCCUUUGGUUUGCUGUAUUGAUGUCCAAACAAACCCGCGGCCCCGUCAUAUCGGUCCCGCCAUGCACCCCAAGUUAGAAGCCGAUUGGCAUCCACCACACGCACUGCCUUGUCUAGUAGACACAGACGCAGACGCAGACAUACAUACGCAGACACGUUGCUGUGUGCACCACCAUCAAUCAAGCUUCACGAUAGAGGGGAGGCGGGAGAGGGUACUACCCCCGGCGUGUAAGUGAUGGAGGGGCACGAUAGAACAACAGAAUGAGCUCUUCUCUUCUUUCGAUCAGGACUUUUGCAUGGCGGAUAUGCGUCUGCAGAACCCUGGUGCUUUUUGACUUAUCCUUACACAACAGCUCUCCUCUAUUCGCUGCGUCAAGCGACCAUAUCCAAACAACAAAGCCAAUGCCCCUCCAAAAAUAAAUUCGAAAAAAAUCAAUGGUCCUUGGCAACAAGUUUUCCAGGUUUCCCCUCCCCCUCCAACAGCCUAGCCAACCCUACUGCGGACGCUAUAACAACAAGGCGGUCUUUUUCAGCGUUUUUUUUUUUUCUCUCUGCCUUCCUCACCGACUCUUGCAAAAGACAGUGCCCGUUGCUCGGGUGCGUGCCGUUGAUGGGGAUGCACCAUCGCGGGGCCCUUUUGUAAAGACGGGCCGCUAUCAGAGGGAGCACAGCGCUUCAAGGACAGGCAGGACUCGAGAGAGAAAGAAAAAAAAGACGGACUCCAUCGCCCUGCAGCUCCCCGAGACCUAGAUCACGACGUGGACGCAAAACGGCCAAGGCUGAAGGUAUACAAGGACCAGAAGCUGGCCGCAUAGUGACGUAUGCAGGAUCCCACAGAUCCAUCGCGGCUCUCAGUGAAACGUUGUUGUUGAUGAAGGCUCAGAGAGAAACUGUGUGUGUGUACUACGGUAGGAAAUCUGCAUGUUGCCAGUAUCAUGGCGUGCAGUAAAGUUGCUUCUCUAGUGUUUUCUAAUGCUCAAGAUAUAUACAUACAUACAUUUACAUAUACAUUACAUUACAUUACAUUCUGACUAGACUUGAAGCCGUUGCAGAUGUAACCCUUCCGCUAACACAAGACAAGAUCAAGCGCCG